CGUGAAGAUUGAAGAAACAUUCAGAGUCAAACAUGAAGAUACUGACACACACACAGACAUGAUGCCGCUGAAAGAGGAAAGUGAAGAACUGAAUGAAAUACAAGAUAAAGAUCAGUAUAAAAAUCAUGAUUUCAUAACUGGACAAACAUCAUUUAGUUGCUCACAGUCUGAAAAGACUUCCUCACAAAAAAGAGCUCAAAAGACCGGAACUAGAAAUAAUUUCACCUGCCAAGAGUGUGGACAGAGUUUUGAUCAACGUGGAAACCUUAAAAUCCACAUGAGGAUUCACACUGGAGAGAGGCCUUACAUCUGCAAACUGUGUGGAAAUAGUUUCAGUCGAAAAGAAAGCCUAACCAGGCACAUGAGAAUUCACACUGGAGUGAAGCCAUACACCUGCAAACUGUGUGGAAAUAGUUUCAUUCGAAUAGGAGACCUUAUAAGCCACAUGAGAAUUCAUACUGGAGAGCAGUCUUACACUUGCCCUUAUUGUGGAAGGAGUUUUACACACAGACAGACUCUUAAUGUCCAUAUAAGAAUUCACACAGGAGAGAAGCCUUUCACCUGCCAACAGUGUGGAAAGAGUUUCACUCAGUAUGGAAACCUUAAAGUCCACAAGAGGAUUCACGAUGGGGAGAAGCCUUUCACCUGUCAACAGUGUGGAAAAAGUUUCAUUGAACAUGGACCUCUUAAAGUCCACAUGAGGAUUCACACAGGAGAGAAGCCUUUCACCUGUCAACAGUGUGGAAAAUGUUUUUCAAUAAAAGGAACCCUAAAAAGGCACAUGAGGGUGAUUAAUGGAGGGGAGAAUUAUUUAUGCUGUCAGUGUGGAAUCAGUUUCACUCAGCAUGGAAGCUUUAACAGGCACAUGAGGAUUCACACCAGAGAGAAGCCACACACCUGCUAA